UCUUUACAGCAUUGUAAGCCUUCUACAUGAUGUAAAGUUCAAUGAAGUACAAUCCGAACAGAUUCAGAAAUCACCUUUUGCGAACAUGUUGUUUGCAAUUACUCAAUGCAGUAUUGAUGAGCAAAUGGUGAAGAAAUCUGAUCCUGUCCUUAUCAAGUUGAUAGAGACAUAUAAGAGAGGUCAAGCAAAGUUUUCCCUAGCAAGAAAAGAUAUUCCUCUGACUGAUCAUGACAUUGGUGUCAUUUUUGGAAUAACAUCUGGACCGGUGAAGAUCCACAUCGCAACCCACGGGCGAAGGCCAGACACAGAAUUUGCCAAUCGAGUCUUUGCUGGGGCAAGCACCGUGCACCUUUCAACAAUGAGGGUGACAAUUGAAAAUAUUUUGAAACCUCCCGUCAAGAAGAAGCAGAAGAAGAAGCAAAAGCAAGUAUCAGAGAUAGAAGCUGCAAAAGAUUUGGCACGUCUUCUGACAUUGUACACCAUUGGAACACUAUUUUUCCCAACAACAGGUCCAAACCUGAAUUGGUCCUACCUGAAGCUUGUUGAGGAUUUGGAAAAUAGUGCAAAUUACAAUUGGUCAAUGUUCAUCACCAAUAAUCUUGUUAACGAACUCAACUCCAAGAAUCCGGCGAUUGUUGGUGGUUGCACCACUGCACUCCUGUACUGGCUCUGUGAACAUACCCACAUUAUGGAACCAGCUCAACAAACUUUUCCAAAAUUUAUGAAAUGGAAAAUGAAUGAGCUUGCUGCUAAACUGUUGGAGGCACCACUGAGCAGCCUUCCAGAGGGAAUGGUCAAACAGGAAGAAUUGGAGCUAACUGAACGGGAGAGAGGGUUGUUUGCAGCUCUAGUCUUGCACGAACAAAAAGGUACACACAAAAAACCCGAAGCCAAAGAGAAAAACCUUACGGACCAAGAGCCUUUAACCCAAGAAGAAAACCCUCAAGAAGAGAACCAGGAUGUUAAGAAUUUGAUUUUAGAGCUUGAACAACGAAUUAAGGUGCUUGAAGAAGAGAACAAUGUCAUGAAAGUUGAAAUUGAAGAUAGGGACAAGAAGAUCCAAGAAAGGGAUCUGUUGAUUGUUGAGUUACGCCAGAAUGUAGAAUCCCUUCAACAUGAGCUUUCAGGUUAUAGAAAACAAAAUGCAGAUUAUACAGAUAUUGAAAAAAAAACUUGUAGUCUGCAUGUUGAGGUGGAGAUGUUGAAGGAAGACAUAAUCGAAAAUGAGGUUGAAAUAGGCGGGUUGUAUGUUGAGAAGGACAUAGCGGAAGAAAAAAUUGAAGAGGUGACAGAAGAGUUGCAUGACAUUGCAGCACAUUGUGUUUCCCAACAUUACAAAGAUCAGAAGAUAAUUGAAGAGUUGCAGAAACAAAAAAACAGCUUGUCUGAACAAAAACAAAGCGAGAAUGUGCACCAUCAUGAAUCUCCAAUUCAUGAUAAAGAAGUGACUGAGGAAGAAAUAGACCAAAUGAUCAAGUCCACAAUCUCAAGCAUUCAAGCAGAACCACAACAAACAACGAAGAAGAGAUUGAGGAAAGGUCAUACUGUGGACCCAUCAUCGUUGACAAAGAGAGUGAGUAAGAGGGAAGAUAGGAAAGAGAAGAACAUGGAGGAUUUUCAAGUCUAUGGGAAGAAGAAAAGCACAGAGAAACAAGCAGAGAAAGCAGCUCCAGAACUACCAUAUAUGGGUGUUGAAACAACAAAGCUGGCACAUCUUGUCCCAGAAAAUGACAAGAUCUUCUUAAAUCACAUAUUUGAGUGUGAGAAAGACAUCAGGUUAGAUAACAACCUCUUUGAUGGUACAGAAAGCUUGCAAGAAGUCAUAGAAAUCUUGAAUGAAAAAGAUGUACAAAACACGCUCAUCGAUUCGUUUACAUUCAUAUUGGAAAGAGAGCAAGGAGAUGAAAGUAAAAUACUAUUUUUCAAAUCCAUAUUGUGGAGCCUACUGAAGGACCAGAAAAAUGAGGUCAGAAAGAUGUUCCUUGAUGACAAGCUGCUAGAACUCAUUCAAAAACAGCAUGCCUAUCGCUACUUGGUUUUCCCCAUGAAUUCCUCAGGAGGUAAUAAAGAGAACGACAACGAUCCAUACCAUUGGACUGUCCUGGUUUAUGACAUUGAGGAUGGGCAAUGGAGGCAUUACAACUCCAUCAGACCAACUGGAAGAAAGGCAGAUGCAUACCUUAAAGAUGCUCGUUUAAUGAAAAGGUAUGUUGAAGGAUUCGUGAAGAAAAAUCAUACCCCAACAUUCAUCCUCUCAUCACAAAACGAAACAAUCUUUGAAAAGCAAAAGUUUGAUGCUCCAAUAAUCUCACCUGCAUCUCCGCAACAAAGACCUGGAACUGUUGACUGUGGAAUUAUAGUUUGCUACAUCAUUGACAAGCUUGCACACGGAGAAAGCAUCCCUGAGUCAUUGACAACUGAUGAAAUCAGAGAAUACAGAGUGUUAUUGUUGAUGAGGUUCCUGUAUGAUGAACCAAGAACAUGGACAGAAGCUCUUUGGAAAGACCGAAACUUGAAGACUGACUAGGUGUUGGAAAGUUGAAUAGGACUAGGUGUUGGAAAGUUGAAUAGGUAUUCUUUUGCUGAAUAGGUGUUCUUUUGUUAAAAACUGACACAUAUGAAUGGUCGACUCCGAACAAUUGGAAUUCGCCAUACCAGGGUUGUACAUGAAAUGUCUUGGCUGCUCUGUUAGAAGUACGAUAGGUGUUCUCUUUUGUUAAAACUGACACAUAUGAAUGGUCGGCUCAAAACAAUUGGAAUUCGCCGUACCAAGGCUUGUAUAUGAAAUGUCUUGCCUGCU